UGUAUAUACUUCCACUUACUAUACGCGUUAAGAAAAAAAAUCAGGGUCCUAGCUUUCUAAGAACUUCACUGCGAGCCGUGAAAAAAAAACAACAUUGCUCGAAAACUGGUCAAGAGUGAGUUCAGUUCCUGCGUAAGCGAGGAAAGGAAUUCCUUUUUUUUCUUAACCGAUUUUACAAAAAGGCCGAAAUUCCCGGUGCAUUCUUACGGGCGUUGUUUUCUUCCGAAAGUAUCGAUGAUGAUCUGUCAUUGAGAGAUUUUUUAGUACAUAAAUAUGGUUCAGUGGGCAAUGACGUGUGUAACGUUUAUAACGGUUUGGACUAAGAGUGUCGCACUUUCUUUAUUUGUUGUGUUCUGCGUUCAAUAUGCAAGUGGACAAGAAGAAAAAGAGGAAUACAGAGGAAAAUAUCUCGGAAAAUUAAACUCUUAUCAUCAUCAAGUCUCAGGAGACGUUUAUGCCGUUGACGAAUUUACUCUUCUAUUGACAUCGUUCAAUUACGAUGGAAAUGGAGCUGAUACAUUUUUCUGGGCUGGUGCAGCGAAUCGUCCUGGUCCUCAGGGUUUUAUUAUACCAGACGAAUGGGGAAAGACAAAUGUUCUUGAUCGAUACUUCAACAAAGAUUUUACAUUGACAUUGCCGGACAAUAAAAAGAUAACGGACAUUAAAUGGUUCGCUGUUUACGAUCUCUCCAAUCAGAAUACUUUUGGAGAUGUUUACAUCCCUGAAGAAUUUGAUCCACCAGCUCCCCAGUCGAUAACUGGACUGACCAAACGAUCCCACGGUGUGAGCUCCGCCUCGAUCGUUAUUCUUGAUUCCAAAACUAUUAGCAUCCACAAUUUUGAGUACGAUGGCCAAGGUGCUGAAACUUUCUUCUGGGUUGGACCCGGCCCCCAACCUUCCAGCAAGGGGAGCAAAGUUCCUGACGAGUAUGGCUACUUGGAUCCACUCCACGAGUACAGAGUCGAAGACGUCGUUAUCCAAUUGCCAGGAGAAAUGACUGUUUUCGAUAUUGAUUGGCUAAGCAUUUAUGAUUUGUCUACAAAAACGAAUUUUGGCUCGGCGAUCAUCCCUGAUGGAUUGAACGUGCCACCUUCGUUGGUCAAAGUACAAAAACACGUUCAAAGCCUGCCAAAUUGUGUGCAACUUCACAAAAAAUAUCAAGUCGCUUGGGAAAUUUUUGGACCACAAAUCACUAUCCAAUUGGCUGGACAAGUUGGUGAGGAUGAAUACAUGGCCUUCGGCUUGUCCGGAUCCGAAGAAAAGAGUCAAAUGGAAGGUGCUGACGUAGCAAUCGCUUACAUGGAUGGUGUACGAGGUUAUGCAAUGGAUUACAAUAUCACGGCCAAAGCCCCUUGUGGCAAAACUCUUGGGCAAUACAAAGGCGUUUGCAAGGACGAGCUCGUCGGUGGAUUAGACAACAAUCAGCUGUACACAGCCGUACGAGAGAAUGGAAUAAACAUCAUAACGUACCGACGUACAUUAAUUUCCUCGGAUCCCGGAGAUCAAGAAUACCCGAUUGACCGACCGGUUUACGUAAUUUGGGCUCUGGGACGACUGGACGAGAACAAGGAACCAAAUUUCCACGAUUACUAUCCAAAAGGCAAUCUCAAAUUGGAACUCAAUCGCAACGAGCCUGAAAACACUUGCAUGGAUUUCACUGAAAAUGAUAGAAAAUUGCGAGAGGUUUGGGAAAAAGCAGAAAUAUUUGACAAAAGCAUUCGAAACUUCGAUGCUACGAUCGGACCAUCGGGAGGAAAAAGAGGAUAUCAAGGAAUGACAGGUUUAACAACAAUGGGUCUGGCUUGGUAUAUUAACGGCCAGCUGAUACCAGAGUUGUAUCUGCGGCGAGGUUUGACUUACAGCUUCCACGUACGAGGAGGAAAUAAUCCACACAGUCCAAAUCUUUAUCACCCCCUGAUAAUAACUGACGAGCCUCACGGUGGUUACGACAGACUGAGUGACGUUGGCCAGAGCAGAGUGAGAGUUUUGGCAGGUGUCGAGUUCACGAGGAGAGGGCGACCGCGACCGACAGCUGUCGGUCCUUUGUGCCUGAGCAAGCACAACGCACGAGACAGAAGAUUGGACGAUAAUUUCCAGACUUUCAAAAAGUUCAAUAGAACUUUAAUCACUGUGUGCGAACCAGGCGAUCCAGGACUCCUCGAGGUGACUCCAAACUCCAGCUGGCCCGAUGUCGUUUAUUAUAAUUCUUUCACGCACUCGAACAUGGGCUGGAAAAUUCACGUCGUCGAUUCCUACUUGAGGGUGGCAACGAGCGAAGCGAUCACGAUCACGACAGGCUCUCUUAUUCUCCUCACGACCGUGGCCUUUUGGCUCACUGUGUAAAGGAUAGAAAAUUAGGAUAAGAAAAUUGCUCAAUAUCUUCGAGUUGCGCUUGAAACUCGAAAUAAAUUGUUGAGUCUCGCGAAUGACUUACCAAAUUGUCGCUGCUUGUCGUGCCAAUGUGUGAUUUCCUCUUUUUUCUCUUUCAUCGACACUACACAUACAGUCAGAUCGAUUCAUUUAUUCCUUAAGUAUUUAUUCGUUAAGAUUGAGCGGGAGAAAUAAUUCCAUGACAAAUUUUUACGUCCUGACCUUUUUACUCCUCCAUUUCGUAUUUCUCAGAAUAAAUAAAAAUUCACGUAAGCGUACUAAAAAAUUCGUGCAUUCUUAGACGUGAUCAAACUCCAAUGGGAUCCAAAUCUCAUUGACAUUUUUCGGCUUUACUCUGUAAACUAAAAUGGAACUUUGAACAUAUAGUUCGGUGAGAAUGUGUAAUGCAUUAAUUUUAGUAGAUAUGUUAAAACUCUAAUGUAUAAUUUUCUCCAUAUAAAGUGGAUUUCACUCUGGGAUUUGUAGAAAAAUGUCGACUCAAAAGUUUGGAAAGAAAUAAGAAAUAAAAUUAUUCGUUCGACCCAAAGGGAUGAGGGUACUAUUCAUAAAUUUCAAUCAAUCAUCACCGACCAUAGAUUUUUCACCUUUCAUCAUUAUUCGAUACACAAAAACGCUUCGAUCAUAAAUUCAACAAAACUUAAGAUUAUGAUAUUACGAAAUAGUACGUAUAGUAUCACAACUGGGCUGCUCCCGGAUUUUCGUGCUAUAACAAUUCAUUGAAUAUCUUACGGACGGUUUGCGACGAUGAAAUUUGGUCUAAAUUGGCCGAGAUUAUUGAAAUACAUUAGUAUUGCUUGAUUUUAAGUGACGACAAAAUUUGUCAACUAGAAACAAAAAUCGUAUUUAUUCUCGUUACCUCCCAGCGAUUUUGCUUGGAAGGACGAAAAUCUGAAAUUCGGCAACAAUAUUUCACCGUAGGCAGUCUCGUAUUAGCUACUCACAAUUUCACUAUAUUACAAUGAUUCAUUAAUAAAGUAUUAACUCGGACAUUUCCGUACGAUAAUAUGUUCAAGUAGCUGUAAAAUAUUUCGUUUCUAAAACUCGAUUGUCUACUCAAAUUGGUGUUAGUUAUUUAGAACGUUAUGGAAUAUAAUGAUGAAUACAGUUUUCUCUUU